AUGUCAAUGUUGUCACCAGAAACUUACGCGCAAACCCCCAAAAGAUUCGCCUGUGAUCGAUGCAGAGAACACAAGCUGCGAUGUCCUCGCGAGGACCAGACAGGCCAGAACUGCGCGCGCUGCCUGCGUGCCGGUGUCCCAUGUAUCACAAGCAACCUGCGGCCCCUCGGACGGCCUGCACGGAAGAUUAUACCAGGAAACAGUCAUGGACGGGAACGCACACGAAAGGCCCUGAGAGGUCAAAGCGGUACCGCUGACGAUGAGAUCGACAUGUUAUAUGAUAUCGAUCCUGCCCAAAACCCCAUCAACCCAGUCGACGUCACCGAGAAACCUCCCGCGAUCAGGACACCUGAUGUCCCUUCAGAGGCGCCAGGAGCCUUCGACGCGAAUGGUUCCAGCCUUUUUGGCCUCGAUCCGGCAAUUCUGUUGGGUCUUUCGGGGGUGGGCGAUAAUUUUGUGGGGGUCGGGCUGUCGAAUGGUCAGAGUCCCUUCGGGAUUCCCUCGCUAAAUGGCACGCAUUUCCCAAAUCCAGGCGACACAGAGAGCGCGUAUACCGGUGGCAGCCAUAUAUCCAGUAAUCAAAGUCGAUAUUUCACGGACGAAUCCAGCCAGGGACGAGAUUCCAACUCCCUGGGCGCUGGGGAUCCCUCUAAGCAGCCACGGAAGAUGAUGAGCCGGGCUGAUGCUGUCCAGAGGCUAUCUGCGAUGAUUGCGUCGCUGAGCAAACAACUGGACCGACUCAAUACCACGCCGUGGAGUGUUACCCUGGUCAGCAUCGUGUGCGCCAACCGGGGCCAGGGAACAGCCAGUUUGGAUCCACUUGGAGAGGUCCUUCAAACCACUUCCGAGUUUGUGCAUAUCAUCCAAACCAUUGCUGUGACGACCUCCUCUACAGACCAGCCGGGGUCUGGGUUUCAGUCACAACACUCGGACCCUACCACGCUGUCAUCGUCGGCGGCUGAUAUGUUCUGCUCUCCCUUCACGUCGAAUCUGACCAACGCGCAUCCGUUUCAUAUCAGCUCUUCAUCUUUUGGGCAGAUGCAAGCCUCUGAAUUAAUGACCCCACCGCCCUCCGACUAUUUCAAACCGGAUAUCUCGGCCGCUCUAGUGAUCCUUACCUGCUACAUUCAGAUUAUCCAGAUCUAUAACAUCCUCUUCUCGCGCGUUUAUGAGUCUUUGUCUGAAAUGUCGCACCAGUCGAUCUCAUCACUGCAAUCAGUACCAGGCCUCCAGCUUGGAGGAUUUCCCGUGCAGUACGGGAAUCUGCAGGUGAAGAUUCUCGUCCAGGUGAUCAUGCAUCUUCUGGCUCACAUAGAAAGCCUGCUGGGGACACCCGCGGACUUCCGCCUUGACCCUGCAAGGGGCUCCAAGGAUGGUCUUCUCAGUAGUUCGGAGCUUACCGCACUGUUGCGGAUGGUUAUGAGUCAGAAGGAUGGCAAGGGGAGUGAGGAUAUGGGUGUUGGGUAUAUUUCCUCGCUGAGAGAGAAUAUGAAAAAGAUCCAGCAGACGUUGGAACAGAACCCCUUUCUGUAG